CAGUCUGUCGGUUCUUUUGUUUCAUUCGUUGUAGUGUCAAUUGGAAGUUGUAGAUUUUGAUAAGUGCUUAAGUAAAAACAAAAACAAAUUGAAUAUCCAAAUGAAAAUGACGCAAAAGCAUUUUGUUGUAUUCAUUGGAUUGAUUGCCAUUUCACAUGCAAUCACAAUUUUGGAAAUACGAGAAUGGUUUGCAUACAAAGCGAAACAUUUGAAAAAAUAUUCAAAUCAUGUGGAUGAAUCAAAUCGACUGCAAAUUUUCUUAGAGAAUAAAUUGAAAAUUAUCAAACACAAUUUGAGGUUUGAAGAAGGUCUCACAACAUAUAAAAUGGGCCUGAAUAAAUACAGUGAUUUAUCGCAUAAAGAAUUUGUGUUUCAAAUGAAUGGCUUGAAGGAGUCGUUGAGAGCACGACAAUCAAAUGUAACUCUUUCUUACAAUGGAGCUGCCGGAUUAAAGGUUCCACGCGCUAUUGAUUGGAGAGAUCUAGGAGGAGUGACACCGGUAAAAGAUCAAGGCCAAUGCGGUUCGUGUUAUGCAUUUUCCACAACAGGUGCACUUGAAGGGCAAUAUUUUGUAAAAACUGGAAAAUUGGUGUCGUUAUCGGAACAAAAUCUUCUCGACUGUUCGGCUGCCUACGGUAAUGAUGGCUGCAAUGGUGGCUUCAUGGACAAUGGGUUUCAAUAUAUCAAAGAAAAUGGUGGGAUCGAUACCGAAUCUUCAUACCCCUAUGAAGGGAAUGCCAUACCAAUUUGUAGAUUUAGUCGUAGAAAUAUAGGCGCAACAGUUACCGAUUUUGUAGACAUUCCCGAAGGCGAUGAACAGAAAUUGAAGGAAGCCAUAGCGACAGUCGGUCCGGUUUCCGUUGCCAUUGAUGCUUCUCAUCCAUCCUUUCAACAUUAUUCCAGUGGAGUAUAUACUGAAAGCGAAUGCACGAUGACGAAUCUUGAUCAUGGCGUAUUGGCCGUUGGUUAUGGAACUGAAAAUGGUCAAGAUUAUUACUUGAUCAAGAACAGCUGGGGCACAUCGUGGGGUGAUCAGGGAUACCUUAAAAUGGCACGCAACAGAGGUAAUCAAUGUGGAAUCGCAACUUCAGCGAGCUACCCUUUGAUUUGACCAUUUUAAUUUUACGUAAUUUAUUUGCGAUUUUGUUCUUUAAAUAUAAGAUUUUUGUUGAAAAAUGUAUGUUAAAUAAAAACCCAAAUAAA